UGUCCGGCGGAAGUUGUGCUCACGGCCUUAUCACAAAAGAAAUGGCGAGCGGUAUCGGCAAACACAAGAUACUGAAUGUAGGGCCAACAGAGCCCUGGUCAGUCAGGGAGAAACUGUGCCUGGCCUCUUCUGUCAUGAGGAGUGGUGACCAAAACUGGGUGUCUGUAAGUAGAGCCAUCAAGCCUUUCUCAGAGCCUGGCCGUCCACCUGACUGGUUCUCACAGAAGCACUGUGCCUCACAAUACUCAGAGCUGCUAGAGGCCACAGAAGCACCAAAGCGUAAGCGUGGUGAGAAGGGUGAAGUGGUCGAAACCAUUGAAGAUGUCAUCGUUCGUAGGCUAACCACAGAGAGGAUAGAGGAACUGAAAAAACUAUUGCGAGACACACAAGAACAGUACAGAAAGUUGAAGAAAGAGGUGGAUCUGAUACAGACGGGUCACAUGGACUCCCAGUUGAAGGAGCUGUGGGCAGAAAUCACAUUAAAAAAGAAGCAGGAUGAGGACGAAGCAGAACAGAAGAGGAAAGCCACAGAAACAGCGUACCAAGCUCGUCAGGCGGUGAAAAACACACCUAAGCGUCUGCCAAGUGUAACUGUCCGUUCUCCUCUGGGUGCCAGCCCCCCCACCAUGGACUCUCAGGCCGACUCUUCGGCCCCAACGCCGCCCAUGGAUACAGGGGGUGUUGGCUCCGAUGACACCACCACCACCACCACCACCACCACCACCACCACUACCACCCACUCAGUUGCCCAGGGGGUCGGAGUGUUUCUUCCAGCGACGGAUGCUCCAGGCCCAGGGCACAAAGAUGGAGGCCUGGCCGCUUUAGUGGAUGACUCAGCACAAAAGAGACUCCUAACGCAAAAGGCAACACCGCCGCCCUCGCCUCUCCUGUCAGAACUGCUGAAAAAAGGCAACCUCAUCUCGGCCAGCCCCCGCCUGGUUGGGGAAGGAGAUUCUACUGGAACCCUCACAAAUGGAGUACAAACAGCCACCGCAGCCACUGCUUUACCACCUGGUCAUGAUGUCAUCACAGAGGGUGAAGCAGAAGCUGCAGUGAAGGCAGAGCUCGGUGAGGAGACGGGGUUGGUAGAAGAGGACCUUGUAGCAGUGUCUUACAUGGGAGACGAACUGGACCUGGAGACAGUAGGAGACAUCAUUGCCAUCAUAGAGGAGAAGGUCGAUGACUCUGUGGAGGCCUUGGACGCAGCAGCAGUGGAAGCAGCGCUCUCUCUCUGCGAAGAGGCCGUCUCAGAAGGACACACCCUCCCUGGCCCCUGGGAGACGCAGGAACUGAAGGCUUCAGACCCAGCACCCACAGUCCAAGACUCUGAUCCCACACAGGAGCCUCAGAAUGCGGCCACAAUAUCAGCCCUGAUUCCUGCCAGCAUAGAGCCCCAGAGUCAACCAGAAACUAAAAGAGAACAACAGCUGAAGGGAAACUGUGAGGGACCUGAGGUGGCAGGAAGUGAUGUCACCUCUUCUGUCACCUCUGACGACGGUGCAACAGGAAGUGAGGUCACGGAGGAGGGCGCGGCAGGGAAGGAGGUCACUGAAGCGACGGUCAAGAGUGAAGGAGAGGAAUGGAGCCAGCCGGAGCCCAACCCGCCCUGCCUAGACUCUGAGGACAGCUCUGUGUCGGGGAAGGAGUCCAAGGAGGUGAAGGAGGAGGAAGCAGGGAGUGAGGGUGACCCAGAGGAAGGGAUGGAGCUGAAAGAGGAGUGCGGAGAGGGGGAGGGUCCCUAUCUGUCAGAGGUGGAGCGGGCAGCCAGCGAGAGUGAAGACGGUUACGGCCCACCCUCCCAACGCUACACAGCAGAUUCACUGGCCAGCAGUCCGGCCUCAUCUUCCCAGCUAUCUACGUGUGGUGAGGACCAGGAGGCAGUGCAGGCCCAGAAGAUCUGGAAGAAAGCCAUUAUGCUGGUGUGGAGAGCCGCAGCCAACCACAGGUAUGCCAGUGUCUUCUUGCAGCCUGUGUCAGAUGACAUCGCACCUGGUUACCAUAGCAUCGUACACAGACCCAUGGACCUGUCAGCCAUCAAGAAGAACAUUGAGUCCGGCGUGAUCCGCACAACAGCAGAGUUCCAGCGCGACAUUAUGCUGAUGUUUCAGAAUGCCGUCAUGUACAACUCGUCGGACCACGAUGUGUACCACAUGGCACUGGAGAUGCAACGUGACGUCUUGGAGCACGUCCAGCAGUUCCUGGCCACCCAGCUUAUCAUGCAGACCUCGGAGAGUGCCAUCUCCGCCAAGAGCCUCCGUGGCAGGGAAGGAAACCGUAAGCCCGGGGAGCCAGCUGAGAAGGACAGUGUCCCAAUGGCCUCUCCUGCUUUCCUUCUCUCUCUUUUUGACGGAGGCACCAGGGGUCGCCGUAGUGCCAUGGAGGCUGACCUCAAAAUGAAGAAAUAGAAAUGAGAUUUCAGAGAACGAGACACUUGGAGAGACAAAGAGUCACUCAGAGAAGGUGGAGCUGAAUACUUACUGGUCACUUUGGUCGUUUUCUGAAGAGGACUGUGCAGUCUUUGUGUAGACAGUCUGGAUGGGUAUGUCUGUCUGUCAGUGUGUCUGAGAGGGCUGCACAGACCUUCUUCUCCAGUUCAUAUGAUUGGUUUAUGUGCCGUGCCGUGGGCUUUCACUCCACUUUCCCCAAGUAUCAUUUCACCAGCAAAGGUACUAGUUCAUCAUUUCCCUCUGCUGAGACAGAGCAGCGAAGAACUGUGAGACAGAGAGAGAGAACAUUUUCACCAGCAAACGUUUGUUUGGGAUCAAAUGAUGAAGCGCAGGAUGAGCUCUACUGGCCAGAUUUGAUCAUGUUGAAUCGUGGAUGCAUUAAUACUAGCUGAUUGAUCUGUGUGGGCUGAAAAGACACCAGACGGCAACAACAACCGGGAUGGCCACAUGACAAAUCACAAUGUACAGUUCCACAAAUUGCUAGCACUGCAUGCUAGGCUGACAACAGCCAGAAUCAAGACUUCUUUCAGUUUGAUCACUGCUAAAAUGUUAGAGUGAGAUUCGCUUAAGAAAAUCUGAUGAUGUCACUAAACUGGUUGUUUAUGUCUGCUUUGUUUAGUAACGUAUCAGAAGACUCCAGUCUGUUGGCCAGUACUUAAAGGAACAUACCAGUGUUUUUGCUUGUUUCAGUCUGAUUUUGUUCAUCAACCACAAAUUCCAUAUACUUUACAUUUACGUUGACCGAUUUCCAAAGCACAUUUUAGGUUUCACUACCGACCCUCAUGCAGGCGUGAGCUUCCAUUACAGCUGACAUAUGUAAUCAGUCACAGUAAACAAUUUGUUGCUUUUCAUUAUGUAGAUCGUGUGUGGUAUAGAGUCUUGCACGGGUCUGAUUUUCCCAGACCCGCUCUGGAACAUGCACAUAUGACCCAACCAGUCGACACAAGAUGCGCAACCCAGCCCCAAACCACACAUCCCACAAUAACCAUGCACUGUUUAAAAAAUUCAGUUAGACAACAUUUUUAAAUUGAUCAUUUUGGGACAUUUGAAACACGUGAAACCAGCUAAAUGUAUUUUUAAAACAAAGGUAAUUCAUGGAAUACAAUUUAAACUUAAAUUCUUUGCUCAUUUUCAAAUAGAGCAGCACGUCUCCACACUUGAUGUGCCUAUUAGUGUCACACCUGAUUGAAGCAGCUCUCAUAUUCCAGACACAAAGUCAGCAGUCAGAGAAUUAGUGUUAAAACAUUGGAUAAAAUUACUUUUGCUUUCAUUUAUUUUAUUAUAUGUAUCAUCUCACACCUGUGAUCUGACCUGCAUGGUCUUUGUUUAACCCAGAACUGAAACCCAGAAGAAAAUAGGCUACUGCCUGCAAAAUCACCUUGUUUUUAUGGGUCAGUCAUGCAAGAAAACUCUGGUGUGGUGCUGCUGAGGCCAGUUUCAGUCUCUGCAUCUGAAAAUCGACAAAGUAUGUUUUCAAAGUCCAGGAUCCAUGCUAUUAUGGAAGUGGUGAAAUGCAUAUUGGGGUUUUUUUUGGCAUGUAAAAGAUUGCCAUUUGCCAGCAGGCUUUAAAAGCUCAGAUGUCCGAGUGUCUUUGAAAGCACCAACAGAGUUUUUUUAAAGUUUGUACCUGCUUUGUCAUGUAACAAUGAUAUAACAACACACAGUAAGUCAACAUAUUGUUCACUUGAUGAAUCAUCUUAACCUCCACCUGUAAUGUACAAUGCAGGCGUCUCACUGAGUGUGUCAAUGGGCUGAAACGUAGGAUGUUUGUUGUUGCUGAAAUAGUAUUGAUGCAUCCCUAUGUGUUACUUAGGAUGUAGCCAGAGUGUGCUACGUAGAUAGCAUAAAAAAAACAUGUUUGUGUAAUGUGUGUUAGAUGAGAGUACAAAAACAAGUUUUGUACCUGUGAGCUGGAUCAUGUAGAGUUUUGUGUUUGGAUAGCUGAUACAUGUAUGUGUUCUGUUGUACAUUUGUUAAAUAAAAAGAUUAUUUGAUCUAAACCUAAA